CUUGAUUGACAUCUCACUUUUUUUUCAAUUCUUCUUUUGAAAUCAACUUUUAUAUAUAUUUUACUUUUUAUUAUUAUUAUUUUUUUUUUAUUGAUUGAAUGUACCGAUACUCUACACCACCAAAAGAAAACGACAACGAACAUUUUUAUAACUUUUUUAACAAGGCAAAGAACGAUUCUAAUGGAGGAGGUUUGCACAUUGAUACUCAAUCCUUAGGUAUUACCUUUCCCCAUGAACGACCAGUAAGUCAUCAACGUCAAUCGUCAUGUCCUUCACCACUCAUGGCUUCUUGUGAACCUCCAUUGUCACCUACUGGUUCACCUUCUUCAUCUUCUUCGUCUACUUCCACAUCACCUGCUCUCAAAGAUAUUGGAGUCAAUAUUCCUCAUACUCAACACCGUGUGGCUCGUAACAAAUCUGUCAUUACUCGCAAGACUAGUGCACCCUCACCUCACGUUACUUGUCAAUCUUGGGAACAUUUGAAAUCACCUGCUGCCACUUUCCUUGCUAGCUUUGCCUCACCUACUGUGCCAUCUUCUUCUUGUUUUAGUCCUACUUCUCCUCAACGUACUUCUUUGACUGGAUUUUAUCAAGAAGAACAACAAGGUGAUGAAAUCGAUGAUUACGUGAUGAAUCAAGUCAUUGGAUGUGGAGGUUUUUCUACUGUACGCAAAGGUUAUUGUAUCAGUAAUGGACAAACAGUGGCAAUCAAGAUUAUCAAGAAAAAGAAUACAGAGACUGAAGAUCAUCAUUUGGAACGAGAAUUAGAAAUCUGGCAAUCUUUAGAUCAUCCCAACGUAGUACGUAUUCAAAAGGUGCUGGAAACCGAUCAUGCUACCUAUGUUGUUUGUGAUUACUGCUCCCAUGGUACUUUAUUGGAAAGAUUACAAGCACAACCUACUCGACCAUUGUCUGAUCAAGAAAAGAAACAAUUAUUUUUACAAUUGUGUAAGGUGGUGGAUCAUUUACAUCGUUGGUGCAAUGUUGUACAUAAGGAUAUCAAGUUGGACAAUAUUCUCUUGGAUGAUGAUUGUAAUAUCAAGUUGUGUGACUUUGGCUUAGCGGUGUAUCAGCGACAUACUACUAUGACUUCUCAUCUCUCUUCUUUACAACAACAACAACAACAAGAACAUCAACAACAAAAAACAAUGCAACAUGACAACAACAACAAUAAUAAUAAUGAUGAUGAUGUUGAUACAACAUUGGCAGCAGCAACUUCUUCUCUUAGUACUGCUACAAGUAGUGCUGUUGGUGGAUCAUUAGCUUAUUGUGCACCUGAACAAAUCAAAGCUUCUCAUGUAUUGACCUGUCCCAAAACAGAUAUUUGGUCUCUUGGUGUGGUUUUAUUUGCCAUGUUUGCCGGUCGAUUACCGUUUGAUGAUGAUUAUGAUGUCCGUUUACGGCAAACUAUUCUUUCUGGACGUUAUCAAGUGCCUGACUCUUUUUCUCCCGAAUUGACUGAUUUGAUUUCUCAUUGUUUGGAUCCUAAUCCUGAAACUCGAUACUCUUUGGACGAUAUUAUGAAACAUCCUUGGUGGAAUUGAUCUUCUUCUUUAUAUUAUUCUUUUAUUCCAUUUGUAUAUAGUAUUCCCCCGCCCUCCUUCUCAUCUUUUCCACUUCACCCCUUUUUUUUAUUAUAUUGGUUUGUCCUAUUUAUUUGUUGUGUAUAUCCUCUUUCCCCCCAAAAAAAGAAAAACCCUCUUUUUUUUUUUUUUGUUAGUAAUAGUAGUAGUUUAGUUUGAUAGUUUUAACUUGAUUAUUGUAUAUGUGUCUAUAUUCCUUUUUAUAAUUUAAAAAAUAAAAAUAAAA